UUAUUUCAGUUUCUCAUCGGCCACCGACCGCAUGAAAUACAGACGCAUCACCACCACCACCAACGUUGUUAAUAAAUAAUAAAUCCCCCACUAAUUGACCCAUUGUGACUUUUGAAGUGCUUCAUUUCAAAUUAUUAUCAAGUUUUUAAAGAAAGCCUGGAUAAAUAAGAAAAUGAAUCAACCGCAUAAAAAUAUAGUGAUAUUUUUUGUGCUAUGUGUAUCUCUUCGUAUUCCAAGUCCAAGCUACGGGCGCACCAUCAUAAAAAGGAGUCCACAACUGAGUCUUACAGUGAUUGAUGAUGGAGAGCCCGAUUCGACACCUCGGGGACAUCCUCCAUCCAUCGAAGACCUGGAGGCUAGAAGACAAGCGUUGGUAGCACUGAUUCCUGGUGGUGGUGAGGGUGGAGGGGGAGGUCAGUUGCAAAUGCUCACCGACUUAGGCUUAGACCUUGUUGGGGGUUCUGUGAGGAAUGCGGGCGAGUUGUUUGCCCCCCUCAGAAAUGCGACGAGAAAGGCGACAGAGAACUUUCCAAGAUUGGGGGAUGUGCUGAAUCGGGCGGUUGACGAGUUUAGAGUGUAUCGGAAACAAGCGAGCGGGGCGUUGAGAGAAACGGCUUCCUCCAAAGUGAAUAACGGUAUUCGGAUCUUCACCACUGCGACUGCCAGGGGCACCGAGGUCCUUGGGGGCGUUUUUAAGCUCCUACGCAGUCUCUUCGACAACUUCACUCUCGCCAUUCAGAACUUGGUGCAAACCUUGUCUCGUGGAUUAGCUCGCUUUGCAGAAACAAAGACCAAAUUCUUGUCCAGAAACUUUCAACGCGUUCGAAACCUUGUGACAAAUCAAAGGUUGUUCCAACCGGCAAGAGAUGCUGCAGAGUUGGGUGGUAAUUUGGUGCGUGGUUUGGCUGCGGAUUUUACAAACAUUCAACCACUGGUGAGUGAUGGAAUCAAAACGAAGCUCACUGUUGGAACUCGUCUCAUUCCUCGUGUCAGACUUAGCACAAUUCUUGCGCCAUUGGGUGAUCCCGAACAUAAGCCGUGUGCGGAGGAUGGAACCGUUGUGGACAUUAUGUCAGAAGGAGAAAGUGACGGUGGGUACAGCAAAAAGCGCGAUGAAACGUCUUCUUCAGACGAAGUUCCUAAAGACAUUCUUGACCUUCUUGGUUCCUCAAAAUCCGAGAACAAGGUGAAAGCAGAAGGAACAAAAGACGACGCGCCCACAUCAACAACCUCCUCCUCAAAAGCGGAGGAUGUUGAGAGCAAUGAGGUCUUGACAAAAGCCAGCAGUAGUAGUAACCCCACAACGACGACGACACCCGCCCCGUCAACGACCACCGACGGAGAAAGCAAAUCCACCACAUCCAAACCAUCCAAAGAGGGGGAGAAAGCCGGCUCCAUAGAAGACUUGUUUGGUAUAUCCGACUCCAAAUCCACGUGAGAGUUACAUGCCGGUAAAAUAGCUAAAGUGUGAUCUGGUCGGUUUAAAAGAUUAGGCUAGUUCUAAAAAUAUGAAAAGUAUAAGGAGAAUGCCUGAAGGCCAAUUUUCGUGCUUACUUCAAGUACGCUCAUAGGAUUGAAGAAUUACAGAGGGUGACUCCUACUCUUACAAAAUUGUGAUACUGUGAUGAUAUGUAAAUAUCGAGUACUGGUCAAUAUGAUGAAAUUAAGUACUACGUACUUACCAACAGUUGUUCAAUAACGACACAAAGUGAAGGUGAAUAUAUUUUUUUACAAGUGAAAUACAUUUUUAUAUACUUUUAUACAA